UUCCACUCCAUGUUGAAUGAACACCACAGCCUGUGCACUGUGAUGUUAAAUUGUUGCCUUGCUCUCCAGCAGGAUUGUAUUCGUGUCUUUGUGGCACGAGUGCUGAGUGGCAAUGCUGGCCCGCCCAAUUCCACCUGACUGUUUACGUAGGAGAGAAAAUUCCUUUGGCAGGUGCCUCUGGUUCUGUAUUGCCGAGCAGCUGGGACACACAGAGACAAACAGACAGACAGACAGAAUGAGUUCCACCGGCUCCAGAGGAACGUCUGCGAAAACCAACAUGGGCAGCCCUCAAAGUGCUUUGUCAGUGAUCAGUCUGAAUGUUGGAGGUCACAUCUACUCCACCGCGCUUGGAACUCUACUCAAGUAUCCGAAGUCCAAGCUGGCCGAGAUGUUUAGUGGUCAGUCCAGACCCAAGAUGGACUCAGAAGGGAGGUACUUCAUCGACCGGGAUGGGACUCACUUCAAAUAUGUGCUGGACUUCCUCCGGGGUCAAGAGCCCCCACCCAGCCUGGCCGAGGUAGUCUACCAGGAAGCCUUGUACUACGGCAUCGAGCCCCUGGUCAAGCUGCUGGAAGACUCGCCCAAGAUCUUCGGCGAGAUGGUGGGCCGGAGGCAGUUCCUGGCCAGGGUGCCAAAUUACCAGGAAAACAUUGAGGUGAUGGUGCGGGUGGCCAGGGCAGAGGCUGUGGCCUCUCGUCAGUCCACCGUAACGGUGUGCGUGGUCAGAAACGAGGAGGACGCGGUCAAAUGCCAUGAGGCUGUGAACGGCCUGGACAUGGACAAGGAGUCGGUUGUGAGGUUUGGGCCCUGGAAAGCAUCUCCGUCCAUCUCUGACCUACUGUACUGCAUCAAACUGGACAUCGAAAGCAAAGGCUACAGUGCCACCUACAGGCCUCAUGAGAUAGGGAAAGGGUUCCUUGUUCGACCUUGCGAAUUCCUCUACAAAUUUACCUUUACGUGGUGGUAAUAUUUAAUGUAAUGAGACAAUCAGAGUAUCAUGCAGUUGUGUCACUGGACAACACUGAUUGCAUGAAGUGAGGAUGGUGCAUUUUGGAGCCGGAUGAGAAUCACAGAAUGACAUUGCACAGCAGAAGGCCUGUCAACCCAUAAUGCCUGUGUCAGAUCUUUGGAACUAAUCCCCACAACACUUCCCCACAGCCUCGAAAAUUUCUCCUUUUCAGAUGUUUACCCAAUUCCCUUUGAAAACCGGUGCGGAGUCUGCAUCCACCACCUUUUCAGUCCACAUCACAACAACUCAACAAACAUCCCGCUCACUGAUUGUAAACCUGUGUCAUCUGGUACUGUCAGCCCUGUCACUGGAAAUAUAUCCUCAUGUGUCUCCAAACUAACUACAUCUUGUACCAGUAUUGUCUACCAGCGCUGUUCCUUUCUUUAGCUGUAAUGUUGUUGGACUAUCAAAUGGACCCUGUGUUCUUUUCUUUUAAUUCCCAAAGGACAAGGCCAGCUCAGGGAAAGGAAAGACCAUUUGGCCCUUAAGCGAGCUCUUUCUGACUGGGAACAGUCUCCAAUCCAAUUUAUUUAAUCUGACCAACAAGGUGUUUAAGCACCUUCGACCCAGCCAGCGUCUAUUCAGAGAUAUCUGCUUCAUCACCGGAGUACUCAAACCCAUAUGACUUGAGAAUCUUUCUUUGUUUAUUUAAUCUGUUCCGAGACAGUACAGCUCACAAUAGCAGGGUGUGCCUCUCAGUCAUCAUUCAUUGACAUCCUGGGUUCCUGUACACACAACCAUCACUUGUGGUGAUUCUCCAUGUAAUUUAAAGCACUUUGCUCAUCUCUAAACCAAUUUCUUAGUUGACUUUUAAACACCCUCCAGCUGCCUCUCUGUCUUAGCAGAGAUGGAGAGUGACAUUUACCCAGUUAGGAAGAUGGGAGGGGGAACUCAUUGGAGUUAGCAACUAAUACACACAAGGGUCAGUGUGCAGGAAGGUUGUUGCUUCAGAUUUCUAGCAUCCACGGUAUUUUGCCUUCAUUCAAAAAUUAUUUUAAGUUUGGCAAGAUGACAAGGGGAAAAGCACCAGAUGCAUUUCUAAUGAGAAUUACAUCCCAUGAAUGAAGGGGAGAUGGUGGUAAUUAGUAACCCAGAGUUUCAUUUAAUGUUCUGCAGAUGCAGGUUCAAAUCCUGUUCAAAUGAACUUAAAUUCAGCGAAUAAAGUUGGCAUGAAAUGCUGGUCUUAGUUUCAUGGUCACCGUUCAUAUAAUGAAUUGUUGUAAUCCCAUUGGGUUUGCUAGGGAAGGAAAUCGUCAGUCCUUACCUGGUCUGGCCUACGUGUGACUCCAGACUGUCAGCAAUGGGGUUGACUCUUAACUGCCCUCUGAAAUAGCCUUAGCAAGAGGGAUGGGUAACAAAUAUUGGCCUUGCCAGCCAUGCCCACAUCAUGGGAAAGAAUAAUCAAGUGGGGAGUGGCUUGAAUUGACACUAAAUGGAUGAACGGCUAGUCAGCAUGAAAGUCGACAGAAAUGGGAAUUGGAUGGUUUGUAAGAGGAGAGUCAUGAUCAGCCCAUUUACCUGCACAACUGCCAUUGGACUGACUUCAGCCGCCAGCUCGCCAAGUUCCGUAGUGACAAGAUGCCAGCCCGGAAAUGUGUUGAUCUGCCUUAUUGCAGGAACAGGCAUGUCUGACCUGUUAGUUAGCGGUGUUCCUGCAAUCAGGCUCUGCCUCUGAUCAGAAAGACUUUUCAGUUAUGUCACAGUGAAACUUGAAGCAAUGAUACAUUCUCCAAUUGCAGUUGGGUGUGGUGUACACUGCGUGGUUGGCCUAUAUUUGAAGAAUCAGAUUGGGCAAUCUGCUGUAUGUCUGUUGCUAAUUCUAUUAAAGACUGAUAAGCAUUC